CCCCCCAUGGAGCCCGAGGCCCCGGAUUCCCGCAAGAGGCCCCUCGAAACGCCCCCCGAGGUGGUCUGCACCAAGCGCAGCAACACGGGAGAGGAAGGCGAAUAUUUCCUGAAGGUGCUGAUCCCCAGCUACGCGGCAGGCUCCAUCAUUGGCAAGGGCGGGCAGACCAUCGUGCAGCUGCAGAAGGAGACAGGAGCCACCAUCAAGCUCUCUAAGUCCAAAGACUUCUAUCCGGGAACCACAGAACGAGUAUGCCUGGUACAGGGCACAGCAGAGGCCUUGAAUGCUGUGCACAGCUUUAUUGCUGAGAAGGUCCGAGAAAUCCCACAAGCAAUGACCAAGCCUGAGGUGGUCAACAUCCUUCAACCCCAAACCACGAUGAACCCCGACAGAGCCAAGCAGGCCAAGCUGAUCGUCCCCAACAGCACCGCGGGCCUGAUCAUCGGCAAAGGGGGCGCCACCGUGAAAGCCGUGAUGGAACAGUCGGGUGCCUGGGUGCAGCUGUCCCAGAAGCCGGAGGGCAUCAACCUUCAGGAGCGCGUGGUGACCGUCAGCGGCGAGCCGGAGCAGGUGCACAAGGCCGUGAGCGCCAUCGUGCAGAAGGUACAGGAAGACCCCCAGAGCAGCAGCUGCCUCAACAUCAGCUACGCCAACGUGGCUGGCCCCGUGGCCAACUCCAACCCCACCGGCUCACCGUACGCCAGCCCCGCCGACGUGCUGCCCGCCGCCGCCGCCGCCUCGGCCGCUGCCGCCUCGGGCCUGCUGGGCCCCGCGGGGCUGGCGGGCGUGGGCGCCUUUCCGGCCGCCCUGCCUGCCUUCUCAGGCACCGACCUGCUGGCCAUCAGCACGGCGCUUAACACGCUGGCCAGUUACGGCUACAACACCAACUCCCUCGGCCUGGGCCUCAACUCGGCCGCGGCCUCCGGGGUCCUGGCCGCCGUGGCCGCCGGUGCCAACCCCGCCGCCGCCGCUGCAGCCAACCUCCUGGCGUCCUACGCGGGGGAGGCCGGGGCGGGGCCCGCCGGAGGGGCCGCCCCGCCUCCGCCCCCGCCCCCCGGAGCCCUGGGGUCCUUCGCCUUGGCCGCAGCCGCCAACGGCUACCUCGGGGCGGGAGCGGGCGGCGGGGCGGGCGGCGGGGGUGGCCCGCUGGUGGCCGCCGCAGCUGCAGCCGGGGCCGCCGGGGGCUUCCUGACGGCGGAGAAGUUGGCAGCCGAGAGUGCCAAGGAGCUGGUGGAGAUUGCGGUGCCUGAGAACCUGGUGGGGGCCAUCCUGGGCAAAGGGGGCAAGACGUUGGUGGAGUACCAGGAGCUGACAGGCGCGCGCAUCCAGAUCUCCAAGAAGGGAGAGUUCCUGCCUGGCACGCGGAACCGGCGGGUCACCAUCACGGGCAGCCCUGCGGCCACACAAGCCGCUCAAUACCUCAUCAGCCAGCGGGUCACCUACGAGCAGGGAGUGAGGGCCUCAAACCCCCAGAAAGUGGGAUGAGGCCUGUGGUGUGUGCUCCCACCCUCCUCCCGGCCCCUUCUCCUCCUCUUCCUUCUCCUCCCCUCCCCCACCCCACCCCUAACUCCUGACCUCAGCUCGGGUGUAGUCCUGCUCCUCGUGACGGGGCUGGGGUAGGCCUGACUGCGCCCCCCCCCUCUGGUA